AUGCUCUUACUCACGGAAUGUGAGAAAGUGCUCGGCGAUGGCUUGCUUCAACUACCCGCCAAGCAUAAAUAUCGGUACAGCCCACAAGCCGAAAAAGAUCUGCUGGAGCUAUUAUUCCGGUCGCUAGUGGGACACAAUGAGGAGUUGAUACACCACCUGUUUCCCAACGGCGCGCCCACUGGCGCCUGGAAACUCGCUGAAGCUCAAGGCGCCAGGGAAGGCGCUGAAUACACCGAGGCAGCACGAGGUAAAAGAUGCGGUCAUAUUUUCCGCGCCGGAGAGGCUAACUACCGCUGUAUCACCUGCGCCGCCGAUGAAACUUGUGUUUUAUGCAGCCGAUGCUUUGAUGCCUCAGAUCAUACAGGUCAUCAGUAUCAGAUUUCUUUGUCUUCGGGUAACUGUGGUUGCUGUGACUGUGGUGACGAUGAAGCAUGGCGACUACCUCUCUUUUGUGCGAUCCAUACCGACAGUGGGAAUGCCAAGGGAAAGGAACGCGCCCAGCGACAGUUACCGGCUGACUUAGUGUCUACUAUCCGUCUAACUAUUUCGCGUGUCCUUGAUUACUUCUGCGAUGUAAUUUCUUGUUCACCGGAGCAGCUACGCCUGCCCAAGACUAUCGAAGGGAUCAAGCAGGACGAGGAAGCAUCACGACUAAACCCCGACUGGACAAAUGCAGCCGAUGAAGAAGAAGAGAAACCUGAAUUUUCACUGCUGCUGUGGAAUGAUGAAAAACAUACCAUCCGAGAUGUUGCCCACCAGGUCAGCCGUGCUUGCCGUGAAAGGGAUAGCUUCGGUGUUGCUCGAGCUCAUGAGACAAAUGACAUCGGCCGGAGCGUUGUGAAGCAUGGAACAGAUCUGCAUAAAUUGUUGGCUGUGUCUAAGAUUAUCGAAGAGAUUAAAGUCACCGUUACCAUUCGUUCAUCACGCGACACCUUCCGUGAACAGAUGUGUGGGACGAUUGUUGAAUGGUUGGCUGAUAUUGCGGGAUGCAGCAUCUUGGAUGAUAACGAGAUAUUCCGUCAAGUCAUUUGCGAAGAGCUACUUAUUCCCUGGCGGAAAGGAAGUGGAGCUUACAACGCUGAAAUUGGCAUGAAGGGUAUCGAUGAUCAUGAAAAAGCAGAUCACUUGCCUGGCCGUACUUUCAUGCUUAGCCUCCCUACCCAUGGAAAUCUGAUUCUACAAACUAACGACGAUGAUGACGAGGAUGAGGAUGAGGAUAUUGCUGAUGAAAAUAAUGAGCAAGAGGACGAUGAAGACUAUGUCGAAGCCCACGACGAUGCUGAUGACGAAGAUGACGAUAUGGACAUGGAGCUCACACGUCUCCAAGCUGAAGCUGAUGGCGAUGGUGAUCAAGAUAUGGAUUUGGGCGGGGAAGACUUUGGACCGGAAGAAUUUGCUAUGGCACAUCAAAUUUUGGCAGGUCUAACUGGCAUAAGACCGCCGUCUCCGCGUCCUGCUCCGGAAGAAACUGAAGAGGAGCAGACCUCUCAGCAAGAGCAGUCCACUUCGACACCUCAAGAUGUCGGAAAUAACCAACCCUCCGACCCGACCUCCUUCAUCUCAAUUCCACGGACUCCUUCAGGCGCUGUCAGACCUAGACCAGGAAGAACUGAAGGGCACUGGCAAGUCCGACCUCCCCUUCCAGCCCCCGGCGAAAAAGUUGCUGCAUAUGAAGAUCUGUGGCAGCGAACCCGUCUGGACUGGCUUAUUCUCUUCGACUUGAGGCUGUGGAAGAAGACACGCACUGAUCUACGGGAUCUAUACAUCAGCACUGUCGUUAAUGUGCCUCAGUUCAAGCGCAUCAUGGGCCUUCGUCUAUCUGCCCUUUACACAGCUCUGGCUCAGUUGUACUUGGUCGCGGAUCGUGAACCAGAUCAUUCCAUUGUAAACCUCACAUUGCAGCUUUUGACCACGCCGUCCAUUACAGAAGAAAUUGUGCUUCGUGGAAACUUCCUCACAAAGGUCAUGGCCAUUCUCUACACUUUCCUGACUACAAGACAAGUCGGAGAACCUCAAGCUGUCAAUCCAAAUGCUACAUUGGCAUUUGAUGCGGGCUCAGUGACUAACAGACGCCUUUAUCAUUUCUUCUUGGACCUUCGGUAUCUUCUUCAGUCAGAAUAUGUCCAGCAUCGUGUACGAACAGAGGAGCAAUAUCUGCCCCAAUUUCUAGAUCUUGUGAAGCUUUCUCAGGGCAUUUGCCCUAACGUUCGUGCAGUUGGUGAGCAUGUGGAAUAUGAGACAGAUGCCUGGAUCAGUGCUUCUAUCCUCAUGCGCGAAAUCAACCGUCUUUGCCGCCAGUUCUGCGAAGCUUUCAGACACCCUGAAGUUGACAACGGACACAACCUUCUGCGAGCAAUCAAGACCACAACAAUCACUGCAAUCACUCACUCAGUGGGUAUGGAACGUAAACGUUUUGAUCAAGCAGAGAUCAAAGAGGAGGUACGCUUCAAAACACUACCUCCAUUCGAUUUUGAGGUCGGAUCUUCCGGUCAAGUCCCCUGCCACCGCGUCCUUGAAUUUGUGGUGGAAAAGGGCUCUAUCAGUUUCCACCAUGCCCUUCACUAUACCUUGUCCUGGCUCAUUGAGUGCGGACGCAGUGUCAACAGCGACGUUCUGCGUCAGGUCAUGUUUGAGGCUGCUCAAAGUGCAAGAGAAGAGCUCCAUGCUGCCAAGAUUGCCAAUAACGUAAAUGUUGACGAUAGUCUCUUGUCGCUUGGCCCCGAAGAUUUGUUGUUGACCAUGUUCGAUUAUCCUCUCAGGGUCUGUGCUUGGCUUGCGCAGAUGAAAGCCGGUAUGUGGGUUCGCAAUGGGCUCAGCCUUCGACACCAGAUGUCCCAAUACCGUGGAGUAUCCUCGCGCGACUUUGCCUAUUACCGUGAUAUUUUCCUUCUCCAGACCGCCCUUGUAACAUGCGAUCCAAGUCGGGUUCUUGCUUCUAUUGCGCACCGAUUUGGUAUGGUCGAUUGGAUGUCUCGCAACUACCUACCCCGUACUGGCUACGAGGACUCUCAGAUCGUUGAUGUUGCCGAGGAAUUUGUUCACCUCCUUGUCAUUCUGUUGACGGACCGAACCUCCUUGACGGCCAUUGAUGAUAGUAUUGACAUGACUAAAGAAACCAUUAGCCGGGAUAUCGCCCAUGUAUUAUGCUUCAAGCCUCUUUCCUUCUCCGACCUCUCGGCCCGCCUUAGUGACAAACUCCUGGAUCUGGAUGAGUUCCAGGAUGUACUAGAGGAAGUCGCCAACUUCCGUCCUCCUGAGGGCCUGAGCGACUCCGGAACAUUCGAGCUGAAACCUGAAUAUCUGGACCUAGUUGAUCCGUACAGUGCACACUACACAAAGAAUCAGCGAGAUGAGGCAGAGAACAUCUACAAGGAUUGGCAGGCUAAAAAGACUGGUAAAAAUGCCUCGGAUAUCGUCUUUGAACCGAAAUUCCGUUCUAUUAGCUCUGGUGUCUUUUCUGACCUUUCACGCUUCACCGGAACGAUGCUGUUUGCGCAGCUUGUGCAUCAGUGUCUUGAAUAUGUCAUCUCCUCCCACGAGUGCACACCGAGUAUCCCCCCCAACUCGCUACUUGAGGAUGAAACUCAGGAUGAUAGCAUGGAAACUGAGCAAGAGCUCUCCUUCAACCUGCAUGCGCUCUCUAAAUCUCGUGAGAUCAAGGCCGGUCAUUUGACAAUUGUUGGCCUUUUAGAGAAGAUCUCGGUGACGAACGAGUUUUCCUCAUGUGGUCCUAAGAUUCGACACAUUCUCAAGCGUCUGUGGCAGAAGCGUCCCCGUACUUACACUUCCGCUACCGCUUCUCUCAAAUUCCCAUUUGACCGUAUUGAGACAAAUUCGCCUGCAAUUGAUAUUGAAAAUGAGAAAGAAAUCAAGAAGAAACAGGCUUUAGAAAGACAAGCUAGAGUGAUGGCACAGUUCCAGCAACAGCAGCAAAACUUCCUGAGUCGCCAAGGCGAUAUUGAUUGGGGUGAGGAAGACUUCAGUGAUUUGGAAUCUGAGAGUGAAGCUGCACCCGAAGUGAAGGUCUGGAAAUACCCAACUGGCACGUGUAUCUUGUGUCAAGAAGAGACCAACGACUCGAGGCUGUACGGUACCUUUGCAUUGCUGCAAGACAGUACCAUCAUGCGACAAACUGAUAUCAGGGACGCGGAUAGAAUUCGUGAAGCACUUAGAACUCCCACCAGCUUGGAUCGAUCUGCUGAACAUGUUCGUCCCUUUGGUGUCGCUGGAGAGAACCGGACGACGAUUCGUCGCCUGGACUCAUCUGGUGGUGAGGUGAUUAGUGAGAAGGUUGGUCUGAGUAAAGGCUUCAAUCCAAAGAGUACAUUACGUGGACCCGUAACAACUGGCUGCGGGCACAUUAUGCACUACUCUUGUUUCGAGGCUUACUAUACAGCCACUCAACGACGACAUGCCCAGCAGAUUGCCCGAAACCACCCGGAGAACACCAUGCUCAAGGAAUUUGUGUGCCCACUGUGCAAAGCCCUUGGUAACACUUUCCUGCCUAUCACUUGGAAAGGAAAGGAGGAAUCAUAUCCUGGAGCGUUGUCAGCAUCUUCAUCUUUUGAAGAAUGGAUGAACACUGGUCUCAAAAAUUCAUUGAACCAGCAGCAAAAUAUCUCUGUUCUUAUGACCGAGAAGGACAAAGUGUACCAGAAUGCAUACACCGACCUCUUCGCCGACUAUCUCUCUAAAUCGCUGGUUCCUCCGCUAGCUUCCAAUGUUGUUCAACUCAUGUCUGGCUCAUUGCAUCCUCCAAUUAAUAUGCCAACAAUCACCCAACCGAUGCCUGGGCAAUACAUCCAGCCUGCAAUUCGGACUGAGAUGCCUGGGUUUUUCCCUACCACCGAGGAGAUCCCCUCGCCAUCAAGUCCACUUCAGCAAGUUUCUAACCCGUCGGACAGUCCUAUGACUGAGCUGCUCCUGAUUUACAAGCGCCUCAAGAAGACUAUCAAGUCCAACCACAUCAUCUCCUCGUUCAACAACAACCCUGAUUCGACCAACGGUGACGAUCUGGUGCACACGGAUUGUUUGAUUCGGAGCUUCGGACAUAGUAUUGCUGCUGUCGAGAUCGCUCAGCGUGGUGUUGAAUCUGAGCCUGGCUCCACACUCUUGGAUAAGAUUCCUCCUUUGACACUGACGCACCUUCGUGUUUUGGCCGAGACGGCGCUCAGCUAUGCCGCUGUUGGAAUCGUUUCCGCGCGGAACAAUGCCAAGAGUCGUCCAGCGCAAGAGUUCCAGGAGAUGCAUCGGCAGAAAAUAUGCCAACUCCUUGUCGGACACCCUUGUCUGACUAGCACUCCGCUGCUGAACGAUGUCCGUAACAUUGAGCCCUUGCUUGCCAUAGAUACCUUCGUUUUCAUGGCGGAAUGCUCUCUAUCAUUGCUACCGGUUCUGCACAUUGAUAUGAAGCAUCUGCUUCAGAUGUGUUACAUGGCUGAGAUCGUCAAGGUCGCUGUCACCUUUAUUCUUUGGCCGCUGGGGUUGAAGGAGGAAGUCGCAACUGAAGGAGAUGCUGAUCUUACGGAGGAGGAUCUUUCAAGCGCUCGCUGUAACAUCACAAAACACUUUUUCGAAUCUGUUGUCUCGGAGCUCAAAUCAAACUCUGUUGGACGAGCCGAGGGGUCCUCGUGGCCUGCCGCCAGUGGCUUUGUUAAGGAGGGAGAGUCUGCCACUACUGGCGUAAUCCUUGCCUUGCGCCGCCUCAUUUCAAGCUAUGCUCUUACCUUCCUGCGCAAGGCUGUCAUCCUCCUUCAUGUUCAACAUGGGGUUGAAUUCCCCAGUACUGGAUUCACAGAUGUUGGCUCGUCAGAGCUGGACCGACUCACCAAGGCACUGCAUCUCCCUACGAUCGAUGAGAUCUUGAUGAAUGUCAACCCUGCCCAUACCAGCGCAAACCCAUCUGAUGCUGUCAUUUCCGGAUGGAUCUUCCACUGGAAUGCGUCGCGCUCGGGAAUUCGAUUUGAGGACCACCGCUUGUGGCCCAGCCUUCCUCACCCAGCAAUCUUCGAGCUUGUUGGUUUGCCAAAAUACUUUGAUAAUUUGAUUGAAGAGGCGAACCGGCGCCGUUGCCCUAACUCCAAGAAGGAGCUCAGUGAUCCAAGUAUCUGUCUAUUCUGCGGUGAAAUCUUUUGCUCUCAGGCAGUCUGCUGUAUGAAGAACAAGCUGGGCGGAUGCAACCAACAUUUGCAAAAGUGCGGUAAGAACAUCGGCUUGUUCAUAAAUAUCCGCAAGUGCACGGUCCUUUACCUCCACAACCAAAAUGGAUCCUGGCACUAUGCACCCUACCUUGACCGCCACGGCGAAGUAGACCCCGGUCUUCGACGCAACCGCCAGCUGAUCUUGAACCAAAAGCGGUAUGACCGACUUUUGCGUGAUGUUUGGCUGUCUCAUUCCGUUCCCGCGACUAUCAGCCGCAAACUGGAGUCCGAGAUUAACAACGGUGGAUGGGAAACAAUUUGA